AAACUUGGCAGUUUAAGCCGGCCGUACAAACCGUCACUCUCCCUUAAGUCACCAUCAGCACACCAAGUAAGCCAAUGACACGAGCGAACGAUUCUAAACGCAACCAAGUUGUUAAAAUUCCUCCUCGACAAAACUGAGUUAACUUAGCUGAUUCGCUCUGCUUUCUGACUCCUUCACUCCACGAUGACUCCGCUCUUCCUCCACCUCCUACUCCUCUUCUCCUCCGCCUUCACCUCCAUCGCAACCCCAGCAUACCCUUCUAUCCCCGGCAUGGGUUCCACCAGCGACUGCGGCCUCUCGGGAGGAGACGAGAAUCCAAUUCCCAUCCGUCGCGAAGUCUACGGUAACGGCAGGAUAUUCGACAUCAGCCAUAGGUACACCAGCGGCAUGCCAUCGUGGGAAUCCAACGACGGCUUAGGACAGUUCCUUUGGUUGCCUAAAAGCAUGAAGAACGGUUCCCUCGCCAAUAAUUCGGAGAUGAAACUUCCCGCACACACCGGCACUCACCUUGACGCUCCCGGCCACGUCAUUGAUCGGUACUUCGAUGCCGGCUUCGAUGUUGAUACGCUCGAUUUGGAAGUACUUAAUGGUCCUGCACUGUUGGUAGAUGUUCCAAGGGACAAAAACAUAACCGCUGAGGUUAUGGAGUCUUUCAAAAUACCCAAGGGAGUACGUAGAGUUCUUUUCAGAACGUUAAAUACUGACAGGCGGCUAAUGUUUAAGAAAGAGUUUGAUACAAGCUAUGUGGGAUUUAUGAAGGAUGGGGCAGAGUGGUUGGUUAAAAACACUGACAUCAAACUUAUCGGAAUUGAUUACUUGUCUGUUGCUGCGUUUGACGAUUUGAUUCCAUCUCAUCUUGUUUUUCUUGAAGGCCGGGAAAUCAUUCUUGUGGAAGGCCUAAAACUUGAUGACAUCCAACCUGGAAUAUAUUCUGUCCAUUGCUUACCUUUAAGGUUGCUUGGUGCUGAAGGAUCGCCAACAAGAUGCAUUCUCAUCAAAUGAUGCAUUUUCCUCGUUAAAUAAUAGCGGUAGGAGGUGAUGUUGUUUGGAAUAAGAGAAAUUUCGGGUUUAUGAGUUAGAUCUGAAUGCUGUUACAUACACGUAGAAGGGAGAUGUGCAGUACAGAAAUUUAGUUGCAUGAAGCACACUUUUCUUGUAAUAUAUCAUAUAGUAUCUGUUUAGGUUUUUUAUUGAUAACAUAAAUAAUAGACAUUCACUAGUGUUUCUGAACAUCAUGGAUGGAUUUGGUCACUGAUUGUAAUUGUUGGCGAUGGUGUCUUCUUGACAUCCCAAAGGAAUUUUCACAGAUCCAUGAUUGGAAAAGCCAUCUUUAUGAAA